AUGGCCAGCAUGGAUGUUGACUCGGCGGCUGACGCCGCCAAAACCACCGUUCCCGUCGUCGUUCGGCACCAAGGCAAGAAGUACGAAGUCGACGUGGACGUCUCCGAACCCGGCGCCAUCUUCAAAUACCAAGUGUUCAGCCUGACGGGUGUCCAGCCCGAGAACCAGAAGAUCCUUAUCAAGGGCAAGCAGGUCAAGGACGACACGGAGAUGUCGUCACUCGGCCUCAAGCCGGCGCAGGCCAUCAUGGUCCUGGGCCAGCCGGGCGCCGCGCCUGUGCGCUUCGAGGCGCCCAAGGAGAAGCCCCGCUUCGUGGAGGACAUUGACGGCAACGACGCGGCCCUCCACGACAACACGCCCGGCGGCCUGACCAACCUCGGCAACACCUGCUACCUCAACGCGUCCCUGCAGGCGAUGCGCUCGAUCCCCGAGCUGCAGGACUCGCUGGUCAACCGCUUCCAGGGCGAUGCCACCAACACCUCCCCGACGCUGGCCCGCCAGCUGCGCGAAGUGUACUCCCGCAUGUCCGCCUCGCACGCCUCCUACGUGCCGCAGUUCUUCCUCAACACGCUGCGCACGCUGAACCCCCGCUUCGCCGAGCGCUCGCGGACCGGCCAAGGCUAUGCGCAGCAGGAUGCCGAGGAGGCCUGGACGUUUAUCAUGGACAACCUGCGGCGGACGCUGUUUGUCAAGGACGAAGCCAAGGCGCUUCCACCGGCAAAGGAGGGCGAGGCUGCGGCAGCGACGAGCUUGGCGACGACUGUGGAGUCGGUGCCGGAGGACGGCCAGAGCGCCGGCGCCGGCGCCAGCGCCAGCAGCUCUGUGAGCACGGUCAAGCGGUACCUGGCGGGCGAGGUGGAGAAGACGCUUGUCUGCGACGACCCCGCCGGCCGCACGGAGGCCGAGUCGGCGCCCACGACCGAGACGUUCCUGACGCUGCCCUGCCACAUUAGCAUCUCCAUCAACCACCUGCGCGACGGCCUGCUCGCGGGCCUGACGGAGAAGAUUGAGAAGCACUCGGAGCUGCUCGGCCGCGACGCGACGUACACGUCGACGAUGAAGAUUGCGCGGCUGCCCAAGUACCUGACCGUGCACUUUGUGCGCUUCUACUGGAAGCGCGACAUCCAGAAGAAGGCCAAGAUCAUGCGCAAGGUCACGUUCCCGCACGAGCUCGACGUCUCCGAGAUGUGCACCGACGCGCUGCGCGCCAAGCUGGUGCCCGUGCGCGAGAAGGUGCGCGACGUCCGCAAGGAGCUGGAGGAGAUUGACCGCACCAACAAGAAGCGGAAGCGCCGCCUGUCGAUGGAAAAGAAGGCAGAGGCGGCCGCGGCCCGGUUUGGCGCCGCGCCAGGCGCCAGCAGCAGCAGCAGCGACGACAAGAACAAGGACAAGAAGAAUGACAAGAAGAAUGACAAGGAUGACAAGAAGGAGGGUGCCGAGGGCGAGGCCGAGGAUGUCGAGUACAAGACGGACGCACAAAUCGACGGGGAGAAGCGGGCGUCGCUGGAGAAAGCCAAGGAGGAGCUGUACCAGCUGGUGCGCCCGCGGCUCGAGGAGGACCGCUACGCCAACCACACGGGCCUGUACGAGCUGCGCGCGGUCGUGACCCACCAGGGCGCGGGUGCCGACAGCGGCCACUACACGGCCUUUGUCAAGAAGGGCUCGAUUGUGAACCCCAAGACGGGCCACAAGUCCGAGGAGGACGGCAACUGGUGGUGGUUCAACGACGACAACGUGACCGAGGUGGGCAGCGAGCGCAUCGACCAGCUGGCCGGCGGCGGCGAGUCGCACUCGGCGCUGAUUUUGCUGUACGGCUCGGUGCCGCUCCCGCUGCCCGAGAGCCGGGUGACGGAGCAGUUCUUUACGUCCUGA